GCGAACGGCGCAGGCGCGUACUUUCCGUUGCGGGGCUUCUACGGAAGCGUGCUCGGAGGUUCUGGUUCGAGAGGUCCCGGUUCGAGAGGUCGCAGCAACAGGGGCAAUGGUGCAAGUCAUGAACCUCAACAAUGAGGUUGUGAAGAUGAGAAGAGAAGUGAAAAAGGCCAGAGUUUUGACAAUUCGCAAGCUAACUCGACACAUUGCAAAACUAAAGUCAAAAAAGGGUACUGAAGAUGCAGUACUGAAGAAUCAUAAACGUGCACAGAGGCUACUAGAAGAAAUUCAUGCUAUGAAGGAAAUAAAACUUGACCAAGUUACCAAACUUGCCCUUGGUGGAGAAUUUAAUUUUGAACUUGUCUGCAAAAAGCCUGAUGCUACAUCAAAAGACAGAGCAAUUGCUAGACUGACCACUCACCCACUGCUGAAGGCAAAAAUUUCUGAUAUUAAAGCUGCUGUAAAAGCCUUCAAAGAUGCGAGACAGAAGCCAGCUAGACGUAUUUCUUCAGAAGAGAAUAAAUCAGAAGAACAGCUUACCAAACAACCUGAAGUGACCCAGCAUUCCAACAGUGGUGAACAUAACCAAAUAUUUGAACAAGGCAAAAAACGGAGAGAGCAGUCAGUCACUGACAAGAGAAAGAAGCAAAAUUGUAAGGAAGAGAAGCAAAAAACAGUGGACACUGAGAAAAAAUGCCCCUCCACUGAUUCUACAUUGCAAACUUUUGAGCAUCAUAAAUUAGUUCCUGAGAGUCAACUGGAAAUGACAGUGCACCCUGAAAGAAAGAAAUGUCCAGGUGCUCUCCUUUAUAGGGCAGAAGAUGAAUCAGAUAGUGAUGCAAGUAACACUGCAGCAGAGGAAGAGUACUUUGAUGACAGUACUGAAGAAAGAUUCUAUAAUCAGUCUUCUGGCCCUGAGGAAAGUGGUGGUGAUGAUGAUGAUGAUUUUUUCAUUGGCAAAGUAAAGAGAAUGAAAAAGAAGGGGGCAACUGAUCCUUCAUCACUUGCCAAAGAUAAAGUGAAAAGCAUGAUGGUUAAAAAUGCAAAGCAUCCACAGUCUGACUCAGUGCAAGAUCCAGAUGUACUACUCAGCCAUUCAAAUGCAAAAGUCAAGAAGCUAGAAUCUAUAUUUUACCCUUCAUUGUCCAGCUCUAAGCAGAAAUCCAAGAAUGUAAAAAAAACGCCUAGAGACCAUGUUUCCAAACAAGAAAUAGCUGUUUUUGGAAGAAAAUGCCCACAGAAACAGUUGCCCAAACGUGCAGCUAUAAAGCAGGACCUUAAGAGAGAACGGGUGGCACAACCCCUUCAUCCUUCAUGGGAAGCCAGCAGGAAACGUCGAGAGCAAACUUCUCAGAUCACAGCAUUCCAAGGAAAAAAGAUUAUAUUUGAAGACUAAUUUUGUUUGUCUUGUAAAUCCAGACUUCUGUAUCUUUAACAUACCGAAUAGAGAGGAACUUUGUCUGCAGCCUCCCCCAAAAGCCACUUCUGAAGGUCAGGAGAGCCUUUUGAAAAGCAUGGGAAAAAUGGUAAAAACCAAGACCUUGCAGAGCAAACAAAAAUCUCCCAUCAUUCCCCAAUGAUCCCAGCUUUCAAAAAAAGACUUUCAAGGAAGAAUGGGACUGCAUGAGGAAACGGAAACAGCAACACUUCUUUCCCAAACUGCAUUGUUUGCAGUAGUUAAUACUCAAGCUAUGCAAGAUUAAAAUAUUGAGGUUUUGUGAACAAUUGUUUUUUGUAUGGUAGGCUUCACUUUUCUAACUUUGUCAUAUAAAGACAGUUCUAACCCUGAAGUCAUGGGGUUGGUUCCAGCAACUGUGCUAACGGUCAUACAUUUUCCCUACUUUCCUCUCUUCCCAGCAGUCCUUUCUGACCCCAAGAUAGUUUAUUCCUGGGUUCAUCAAAUCCACGUGGACAAAUUGUUGUGUGGGUUGAGAUGGGGAAUAUGAAGGGGGACACAUCUCCCUUGUUGCUUCUUUCCUCCUUUUCAUUUCAGCCCACUGACCUACAUUACUCCACAUGACUCCCUCAACCCCAGGAAUAAAUUUUUUUGGAAUCAGAAAUAGAUGCUGAGGAGAGAGGGAAAGGUCCUUGUGCUUCAUUCAACCCAAUAACUAUAAGAAGCUUUUUUUAAAAUAGUCCUCUUGGCAUGUGCAUUUAAGCAGGUCUAUUUUUAAAUGACUUAAUGGGAAAUUGCUUGAAAAGUAACAUGUUUCCUGCCAGUUUUCUGAAAUGUUAUCAACAUAUGUCUAUGUCUGUAUACAUUUUUUGUGUUUAAAGCCUUGUACUUGUACCUUCUGGGUUUUUUUUAAAACACAUAAUUCUUCAUUUGUGUUUUUAAAAUAAGGCAGGUUUUUUUAAAAA